UGGUGGAACCCGACUGCAACAAAAACAUCAGCGAACUUACCGAACUGACGACUGUGACUACUCGAAUGGUGCCAAGUAUAUGUUUCUUUUUCCAUCAAAAUGAGGGCGGCUAGCAUAACAUUCAUUAGUCUAGCAUUAACGACAGCCGUCGUCGGAAAUGCAUUCUACAACAAGAAACAGUUUUACCCGUCGGUGGUAUAUAUCACUAAAUCUAAUCCCAGUAUGGCGGUGAUAUACAUACAAGCUCUUGUGGUUGUAGUUCUUAUUGGCAAGCUCAUGCAGAAAGUAUUCUUUGGUCAACUGAGAGCAGCUGAAUUUGAGCAUUUAGCUGAUCGCUCAUGGUAUGCUGUGACAGAAACAUGUCUGGCCUUUACUCUUUUCCGAGACGACUUUGCCCCAAGAUUUGUAGCUCAAUUUAUUUUACUGCUCUUUCUGAAAGCAUUCCAUUGGCUUGCGGAGGACCGUGUUGAUUUUAUGGAGAGAAGUCCUAUCAUAUCAUGGUUAUUCCAUUUGAGGGUCAUCUCAUUAAUGUUUGUCCUUAGUCUCCUUGAUUUAUACUUUGUGAAUCAUGCAUAUCUCUCAACGGUCUCGGGAGGGGCUAGUGCUCAGAUAGUGUUUGGUUUUGAGUACAUGAUUCUUCUUAUGAUAGUGCUAAAUAUAGCAAUAAAAUAUGUUCUACACACUAUUGACCUUAAUUCUGACAACCCAUGGGACAACAAGGCUGUUUUCCUGUUGUAUACAGAAGUUGUAAUGGGAAUGUUUAAGGUUGUACUUUAUGUCACAUUCCUUAUAAUAAUGGUGCGCAUUUUUACAUUGCCCUUGUUCUUAUUCAGACCAAUGUAUUAUACUUUGAGGUCCUUCAGAAAGGCAAUAAAUGAUGUAAUUUUGUCGCGUAGAGCUAUACGCAACAUGAAUACUCUUUAUCCUGAUGCAACUCCAGAAGAGCUGUCUGCUGCUGAUAAUGUGUGCAUCAUAUGUAGAGAGGAAAUGCAUUCAGCUUCCAAGAAACUACCUUGCAACCAUAUAUUUCACACAUCCUGCCUUCGUUCUUGGUUCCAACGGCAACAAACAUGUCCAACAUGUCGUCUCAAUAUCUUGCGCAUACCAGGUGACAGAAACACUGGUGCUAAUCAAGCAGCAAAUGCAGAGGCUCAAGCACAACAUGCUCCUGACGUCCCUCCUGUUCCACACCCAGGUCUUCCAAACCCAUUUAUGAAUGGCGUUUUCCCAGGCAUGUUUCCAUUUUGGCAGCAACAGUUUAAUCAACCUCCAGCUGGUCAACCUGGUCAGCCAGGCCAACCCAAUUCAGGUGGCCAGCAACCCCCUACUGGGGCAACUGGAGCCGCUACCGGCACUGUUCCCGGGGCACAGCCAGGCCCUAUUGUGAUGCCUGUUCCACCAUUUCCACCUAUGCCUCCAGGCUUUGGAUUGCCAUUCUUUUGCCCUCCUUUUCCUCCGGCACCACCUCCAUUUGCUGUGCCACCACCCAUGCCACCACCAGGCUUGGCAACUUUAAGUGAAGAGGAGUUGCGCAGACUAGAGAGUGCCGCUCGAGACGGAGUAGCAGCUCGUCUGCAGUGCUUGCAGAACAUUCAGCAAUUACUGGAUGCAGCUGUUUUGCUAAUGCAGCAGUACUCCAAUGCAGCUGCGGCUGCUUCUGCUGCAACUGUAACACCAGUACCAUCAUCACCACCUUCUAGUUCAUCCGCCGCACCCCCAGACUCAGGAGUGGCUACCACAUCCACCACUGUUAAUUCUGCUUCACCAGUGGUGACCUCAAAUGCAACUCAAAAUAGUGCUCGUUCUGAAGAUAGACCCACCAGCGUUUCUCCCUCUUCUGAAACUCCAAGCAGCAGUAGAUCAAAGGAGGAUACAGGAAAUUCGUCUGACCUGACAACCUCAGUAAGGUCUGAUGGUUCAGGUAGCUCUUCCUCUAGCAUUAACCAAACAGUCACUUCAGCACUAUCACCUGAGCAAGAUGAAAUUAGAAGGCGACGGCUACAGAAAUUCACCGGAAUCCCAGAGCCAAUGGACUGAUUAAUAUAUAAAUUACAAUCAAUGAAUGAAGUACUUUUAAAAUUUUGUGUAUCAGACACCAUUUUGCAGGUCUGACUAAACAUUUCUUAUUAUUAACUAGCUGUAGGAGGUCAAACUCCUAUACCUUGACAGGUCUCAAAGGUACCUACUGGGUAUUGAUUGAAUCAUAUGAAAAUCCACAUUCAUAUUUUAAUUUUAACUCCUCUAGACACAAUUAAGGACUACUAUCAAAAUUUUGACGGGAAAAUUAUUGUCCCACUAAUUUGUUUACUUGGCCUCAUUGGAUCCCAAAUCUGCUUUUAAUGAUCUAAUCUCUGUCUGUAUAAAUAGAACUCAUAAUUUCAGAUGGUUAUAUCUUGUUGUGUUUAAUUCAAAUUAGUUUGAAAUCUUGAUCUAAGGUGGCAGAACUGGCUUGACCAUCUUAGUUAUGUUUGUGUGUUUCACUAUUCGUUACUUUUCUGUAAUAUACUCUUUCAAUACUUGGAAAGGUUCAGGGGCCAAGUAUACGUGCUCCUCAAAGGGGGAAACAAGGCGUAAACUGUCAUGGGUUUCCUUUAAUCUCUCCAGAGAUUAGCUUCAGCUUCUUACCUGCAGAAUAGAAUAUAUAUUUAUAUAUCUAUUUAUCUAAUUGAACAAUCACAAGUAUCCUAAUUUUUGAAACCAAACCGUGUUCUGCCAUCUAUCUUUUUUCAGUUCUUUGGUUGUGCUUUAUGUUGAAAAUGCUACUGGGAACUUACUUCUUAUUUUGGUGAGACUGCUAUUUGAACUGUGGUGUGUUCCUGCCAAAGCGAGUAGAAUGUUUGUGAGCUCUAUAAGUCUGUCUUGUGUAGUUUUAUUUUACAGUAAAAUGUUGUGUUAAUAAAGUGAUUUAUGUAUUGUAUAUAGGUGUUGUGUGAAUGUUCAUGCACAAAAUUUAAGUAUGGCCCUUACAUUGUUGGCUGGGAUGAGAGGUGUAAUUCAGUCCAAUUAUUUGUCUAUUCGCCAAGAAGCAAAGCAUUCAGUGCUACAAGAGAAUGUUUACUAUUAAGGAUAUGUACUUGAUAAAGUCUUUGUGGAAGGAACAGUUGAAUUGAUAAUUGAUUCUAAGUUUAAUUUGUUUUAUUGUGAAGUAUAUGUUUAUUAUUUGUUGUUUGUACUUGGUUUUGUUUUAUGCAAAGCAUGUACUGUUGUCAUAAGCCGAAUGGAAUUAUUUACGCAAGUUUAGCAUGUGGAAAUCUAAUGUGACCAUCUAAUUCACCAAAGUAUUAUCAAAUCACAAUUUAUUUCUUUUCUGUUAAAUAUUCAUGGUUUGCAUGGUCUUCAAAGAAAGCAUUAUCCGCAUUUUAUUUACCAUGAUUGCUCCUGUUCCAGGGUCACAUACAGGUUAGAUUUUUUGAUGCAUGCUGAUACAUUUUAUAAAAAUUAUUAGUCAAAUUUUAAUUAUUAGUUUUUGUUCUAAAUUUUUUGUUAUAAGUUAUCUUUGGUAAUAUAUAUAUAUUUUCCUUCCUAGUUACUGAAAAGUGGAAACUUACUGCUCCUGUCUGUUUUUGAUUUGUUGGCAGACAAAAUUCUGGAAUACUUUUUCAUAAUUCUUUACCAUUAUGUUUGAAACCCAAAUUCUUGAAAUACGUAGUUGCUUUUACAUUUUAAUCAAAGAAAAUACUAAAUGUAGUCCAGUGAUUAUUCCUCCCAGUUUAAUUUACAGACGAUGCAGUGCUAAUACUGGUUCUGGUAGGAGCUGAAAUUUUUCAAAGUUAUUGACCCCAAUCCAGACUGAAAAGCACUGAUAUAGGUACUGUAUUUGGUAGGUGGGGGGAGAAUCAAAAUUUAAACUUUAUAGAUUCAGUCCAGGUGAACUCAGUUUAAAAAAAGGAAGUGCAAACUUAUAUGAACUGGAAAUCCUUUAGUAGUCUCAUCAUUCCAGAUUUAAUGUAAUGUGUAUCAGUUUCUUGUUUUGUUUUGUUGUUUGUUUGGAAGAAUUAAUGUUGUGGGCCGAAACGCUUCAGGGUGUAAAUGAUACAACAAAUGUUGUUGAACUACUUUAUCCCAAGCUAUGGCUACAAAUGUGCUCCUCUUGAACUGCUUUUUGGUUUGGUGUUUGGUUCCGAAUUUUAAUUUACAGAAUUAGCCUUUGUAUUCACCAUUCGGAUCUGUUUUGAGCUUUGUUGCAUACUUCAUUUUGUCAUGUUUGUGUGAAAUAUUCUUGUCUUGUGUAUAGUAUUUAAUUUAGAAUCAUGCUAGCUUCCAUCGCUGGAAGAUGUGAUACAUGUUAAAGUUGGGCAUUCAGAUAAAUGUGAAAAAAAUAAAAAAUAAAAUCAUAAGAACUGCAUUGGUAACUAAA